GAGGAUGUAGGCAUGCGUGAGUAUGAACGUCAACCCCUUCGUGGCUUUAUGAAAGGCGAAAUCCUUCCCUGAGCAGAGCAGCUGUUUAAAACCCAGUUUGUUGCAGACGAGUAGCUCACCUCGGAAGAACCGGGCUAGAACACGAUCUUGUCUCUUCACCGUAGUCAGUUCGGCUUGGGUUAUCCUUCAGCUUCAAGCGUAACGUUAGGCUCUCUGUAUACCCCUUCCUCGUGCGCACACCGCUUCAUAACACAAACCACGGGGACGAGCCAACGGACGUAACGUUAGCCAAGAAGGGAAGUGGAUCCGUCUUCUCUUUCAUCAGACAGAUGCUCCCAGCCGCACAGCUUGACAGGAGUGAUGGGAUGUGUCAACUAGCAGAUGAGACAGCCCUAGACGAUGUAAGCAGACUGAAGGAUUCAACUGCAGUGUUCACGUUGGAGCGAGGCAGAGGUGGGACAGAGGAAGAGGAGGAGGAAGACACAAGAAUGGGUGUGGGGAAGAAUACUACCUCCAAGUCAAUGGACAGCAGCAGUGAGGGUGGAAAAUUUGAAGAGGAGGUCAAGCAUGGCGCGGAUUUCUACCCUAUUCCGGUGGUGGUAAACGGCUUGGGCGGUGCCAGUGGAGACCAGGAUACUGAAAACACAGAGCUGAUGGCCAUCUACACUAAAGAUAAUCAGGGAGCAGAAAAGAGCUCAAUGUCUGAGACGUUGGACAGCACCGAUAGUAUGGACGCAAGGAGGAUGGACAUGAUCUAUACCAUUGAAGACACCCCACCCUGGUACCUGUGUGUGUUCUUGGGCUUACAGCACUACUUGACGUGUUUCAGUGGCACUAUUGCCGUGCCAUUCCUCCUCACUGAGGCAAUGUGCGUCGGUUUCGAUCAGUGGGCCACCAGUCAGCUCAUUGGGACCAUCUUCUUCUGUGUGGGGAUCACCACCCUUCUACAGACCACACUGGGCUGCAGAUUGCCCUUGUUCCAGGCCAGCGCCUUUGCCUUCCUUGCACCAGCCAGAGCCAUCCUGUCACUGGACAAAUGGAAGUGUAAUACCACAGAGGUUCCAGUAUUCAACAGCACAGAGCUCCUCAACACAGAGCACAUCUGGCACCCCAGGAUACGAGAGAUUCAAGGGGCUAUCAUCGUGUCGUCCCUGGUCGAGGUAUGUAUCGGAGCGCUGGGUCUGCCCGGGAUCCUGCUGAAGUACAUCGGACCUCUGACCAUCACCCCCACUGUAACCCUUAUCGGCCUGUCUGGUUUCCAGGCUGCGGGAGAGAGGGCUGGGAAACACUGGGGUAUUGCUAUGUUGACUAUCUUCUUGGUGCUGCUCUUCUCCCAAUAUGCCAGAAACGUUCACUUCCCUCUCCCGGUCUACAAAGCCAAGAAAGGCUGGACUUCCUACAGGCUGCAGAUCUUUAAAAUGUUUCCUAUCAUCAUGGCCAUCCUGGUGUCAUGGCUGCUGUGUUUCAUUUUCACUGUGACUGACGUUUUCCCGCCGGAGGUAAACAAGUACGGCUACUACGCCCGCACAGACGCACGUCAAGGAAUCCUUGCAGCUGCACCGUGGUUUAAGAUCCCAUAUCCCUUCCAGUGGGGCUUUCCUACUGUAACAGCUGCAGGUGUGAUCGGCAUGAUGAGUGCAGUGGUGGCCAGCAUCAUCGAAUCGAUCGGAGAUUACUACGCCUGUGCACGUCUCUCUUGUGCUCCUCCACCUCCCAUCCACGCCAUUAAUAGGGGGAUAUUUGUAGAGGGUAUUUCCUGUGUGCUGGAUGGUCUUUUUGGGACAGGAAAUGGCUCCACCUCCUCCAGUCCAAAUAUAGGCGUCCUGGGAAUUACAAAGGUGGGCAGCAGACGUGUUAUUCAGUAUGGAGCAGCCAUGAUGCUGCUGUUGGGGCUCGUGGGUAAAUUCAGUGCCCUGUUUGCCUCUCUGCCUGACCCUGUCCUGGGAGCUCUGUUCUGCACCCUGUUUGGCAUGAUCACAGCAGUGGGACUCUCCAACCUGCAGUUUGUUGACCUCAACUCCUCCAGGAACCUCUUUGUUUUGGGUUUCUCCAUCUUCUUCGGUCUGAUGCUGCCGAGCUACCUUAAACAGAACCCGCUGGUCACCGGCAUAGUUGGGAUUGACCAAGUGUUGAACGUGCUCCUCACCACUGCCAUGUUUGUCGGAGGCUGCGUCGCCUUCAUUUUAGACAAUACUAUCCCUGGCACCCCUGAAGAACGAGGCAUCGGGAAGCUGAAACGUGGCGCUGGCCUCAGUGCAACAGAACUGGAAGGGAUGAGAUCGUAUGAUCUGCCGUUUGGAAUGGACUUUAUCCACAAAUACCCCAUCUUCAAGUACAUCCCUAUCAGCCCCACCUUCCAAGGCUACCAGUGGGGGAGAAUACAGGAAGCCUGCAAGAGCAGAAAAGGACAUGGGGAUGUGGUGAAGGGGGGAGGAGUGGGAGCGGAGGGAGGCACAGCACUGGGGGAGAGUCGGGUAUAGCAAACGGGCUGAUGCAGCAAAAUCUUAAAUGUUGCUGCAAUGUGGGGAACAAGGGAUGGUACACUAAAAGGAUGAGAGAGUGGAGGACAGAAGCGAUGGAUGAUUCGGGAUUGUGUGGAAGAAAAUGGGAUGCACCAACCCCCUCGUCAGUAUGCGUUUUCUUUAGCUUGUGUCAGUCUUUUUCCCACUUCCCACUAUGCUAUUUUAGGCAUGCUAUAGCAAGUCACAGCAUGCUAUAAAAGAUGUUGCCAUGCGGAAGUUAGUUGGUGUGUGUCCAUGUGGGUAUGCAACAAGAGAAUUAACAGGUUUGUUCAAACAUUUAUUUGCACUUCAAUCCAGAAAGAGACAGAUGGACAUUAAACAAUCGAAGCUGACUGCCCAAUUCUAUAAAACAUAUUCUGCAGAGUAGAUUUGAUUUUGUCAAUUGAGGAUUAUGCAAAUUCCGUUAGAAUAACUUUCCUCUAAACUCAUUAUGCAACCACAUUAAAGACAUGCACAUGCUCACACACCAACAGCCUUACCAAAACUAGCUUGAACGCUACAAUGCACGUCUGGAUCACUGAUGGACGUGGUUUGUCAGGUUCCCUUACCCAUGCAAAGUGAUUGUGAAAUUUUAUUUUUGCACUGCCUACUGAGUUCAAAAGCAGAAUGUCAUUCUGCAGCUCGCACCCCCAUAUCUUCAGUUAAACUCCACAGAGACCCAUUUAGCAGCACAUCACAUCCACUCAUCUCACCCUAAAGAAACUCACAUCCCCCAUUUUUCCUUGUUUCCAUGUAGUAGAGUGCUAAUAUUCACAAGAUCUCAAAUUUAACCCAGUUUACAUGUCUUUAAUGUGUCAGUAUUAUGCAUCAGUUACUAACAAGACUUUUCCUAAACACACUCUUGUCUCAUUUGGCUGUCAAAUGGAACUUGACUUGUUUUACUUAAUUAUGGAACUAGAUUAAAGUUUUAACCUUUUUUUAAAUUUGCUUAUUUUACUUCUAACACACGAAGGCACUUCCAAAAUGUAAACCGCUUUAAUUAAUAAUACUUCUACCGCCGUGAUGUUGACAGCCGUGCAUCUGCAAAAGCCACAUUAAUGGCACACAGUAACAGUACAUAGUACAUAAAUACUAAAACAAAGGAGAAUGAAAUGUUCUUCAUCCUGUGAAUACAGAUACCUCUGAUCCUCUGUGUGGAUCUUCUCUCACAGGGUGCUUUUAGCAGUAAUGUGUGUUAAUGUAGGACCUACACAUACAUAAUCCAUCCCGGCCACUAUCCAAACCCACUUGGUAUUUCCAUCGCUGUGUUCAGCCAGCCCUUACAUAACUGUACUGAAAGUAAAGGUGGUGGUUUUGUUUGGAUCUGGAGUAUUUAGAUGUUAUAAUAGGGGUUUGAGAGAGUUUAAAUGUCAUAUGUAUACAAUUUUGUUCUUUGGAUCGACUCUCAGGUGAUGCAGAUGUCAUUGAAAAUGUUCCCUUAUUUAAUGAUGUUGACUAAUUCCCUAACAUUCCUCCUCCUCACAACCUCGGUCACCCGUACGCCUCCCACUCUAAUGCCACUUUAAUUAACUGCUGAUGUUUGUCUAGCAACUGUUCAUGUCUGUUGUAGAUCAUGCUGUGGCGGCACAUUUAGCUGAGUAACUGAAAGUUUCGGAGCAUCAGCAGCCUGUAGUUUAUUAACCCAGGUGUGACCCUGCAGCAAGUAUCUAAUUUGACCACAACGUGUGCCUCUUGUGUUUUUUUUUUUUAAUGGGAAAACAGCAAUUUAAAAAAAAAAACGCCAAAAAAGAGUUUGCAGCAUUAUAAUCUUAGUAAAUGUCAAAAUAAAAAGUAGCACAAUGAGAAAGAUAACAGCUAAAACAAAACUACUAAAUAUGUAGUCCAGCUGAGAUUUUUACUAAACCAAAAUGUAAAAAAGCUCUUUAUUUUUAUUUCCUCCUUAUUGAUCUCUUACCACAUACCAAAACUGUUCUUAAAGCAUUGGCAUUUGUCAUUAAGAAACUUGCUCUUAAGAAACUUUGAAAUAUAAGAAAUUAGUUUGAAAUCUCAUCCCGAAUUUCCUCACUUUUUAUCUCUUUUGGUAAAGCUAUUUAUUUAUUUAUGAGCAGAAAGUUUGUUAAAUGAUUGCUUGAAGCAGGUGUCUCUUGCACAAUGUUGAAAGUAUAUUUAUUAGUUUACUUGUUCAUGCCCUGUAAAGAUCGGUGUGAUGAUGAUGAUGGACCGCGCUCUACUACAAUCGGUUUAGAAACUCAGCUGGGGGCAGAAGCGUUUUCUAAAGAUGGUUUCUAAUGUGAGCUUCUAUUUCAUUCCUUUUGUAUCAUGAUGUUUUAAAAACAAGAAACACUUUUAAAUGUUGGAACUUGAUAGUUUAGUCAAAUUUCAUAAUCAGGGCCUUUUUGCUACAAGUACUGUUUGCACAUGUAAUGGUGCCAAAAAACAUUGGGGUAUCAGAGUGAGAAAUACUAACCUGAAACUCUAAAAUGUGCUUAUUCACAUUUAUAAUCAAGUGUGAACGUUGUCUUGUUUGAUGACCUGAAGAUAAGUGGCUGAUUGUGAUUGAACAUUUUUGGGCCUUAGUUUAUGGUAGCGCGGUUAGCUGUAGCCCCAGUUCUGACCUCAGCACUCUAUGCGUUACUCUCGUGAUUUAGUCACAUAAUGCAAACGUUGGUAGAAAAAUCAAACUUUUUAUUGUUAUUUUUUUUUACCCGUUAUCCAGCGGUGGGUGGGUUGCAUCUUCAAAAGUAUUUUUGUGAUCUUACAGAUGUUUGCCUUCUGCUAAAAAUGAUAAAAACGUUUGCCCAGGACAAAAGCAAAGUUAAAAUCCAAGAUUUUCAGACUGUGGUGCUCUGCUCUGGCAGUGAACAGCGUAUAUCAAAUCAUUUUAUUUGGAUGUUACCAAAAAUGGGUCUUUUGAUGAUUCUGUAGUGUCACAGAUUUUGGUACAUCAGAAUCACAGCUGUCAUUUUGUGACCCUAUAGUACAGGGGCACAAUUUUCAGAUACACCUGUCAAAAUGCAGUGUAUAAAGUCAGAUAAAACGUUUGCAAUGGUUAUAUAGCUGAAAUUCAGGUCAUAGAAACUUAUAAUGAGAUCAACAUUUCAACGUUUUUGUAGUGAAUUUUUUAGUACAAGGCAUGCGCACAUGUGACCUUGUUUUCUGUCAUGUUCAUUUAGCCAGCACUCACUUCUCCCAUCUCUCCACACUCUCUGUUUAACCCUUCAGUCCUGCAGUGAAAAUAUAUUGGUGUCCUCUAAAGUUUAGUGUAGAUGGUUUUCUCCUUGGGAAUUCUUAUUGUUGACCUGAAUGCAGGAAAGGACACUGGCUGGCCACCUUAUUAAGAUCCUGUUAGUCGUUGUCAGCUGAGUGAACCUGCCUUAGCGCUAAACGGCAAAAUUAACAUUACAUGUCUUAGUAAGCUUCCACUUGUUUUUAGCUUUUGCCCUCCAGUUUUUAUCAUGCUUUCCUAUUUUAGGAUCCUAUAAACGUGCAUAUGUGUUUCUCACAUAGUUGUUAGAGUAAAACACUUUGGAUUUCACAAGCACACAUACUCUUCCUUGAAAUUACAUACAAGUCAGUUUAACCAACAGCUCUUAAGAAGGUGGCCUUAAGGUGUACAACACAAUACAUCAAUCCCUUUCAGUUAUUUUGAAGGGGGUGCUACCUGAAGAAUAUACUUUUGUGUAUUAAGUGUUUUAUAUUUUUCAAUGUUUUUUGGGUUUUUUAUACAUCAUUUUUAUGUUUUUGCAAAUAUUUGUAAGAAACAAAUCAUAACUUUUAAUCUUAAAUCAUGCUGGAAAGCGCACCAUUUUGUUGUACUUUUUAUUUAAAAAGUAGAUCAUAUUUUGAAUCUGUGGCGUGGUGGAAUCCUUUUGUGUGUUUUGUUAGGACCUUCUCAUAUUGUAUUUUUUUACUCUUAACAUUGCUUUCUGUCCAUGUUAACACAUUACAAGUAUAAAUAAAGAACAAGCUGAGAAACUAUAAAUAGAAAAAAAUAAAUGUAUAUUUAAUGGAGUAAAGUUUCCUAAACCUUCUGGAAGAGAAAUUGUGUAAACUAAUUGUACUGUAGCAACGAAAUGUUUUAUUCUAUUUAAUAAGAUGUUACUAAAUGAA